CCAGAUUUCGUUGCUUUUUCGUGACAGUCUGUUGUUGUUUGUAUUAACUGCGUGGCCUCUCUCCCACCUCUUUCUUCUUCUUCUUCUUCUUCUUCUUCUUCUUCUUCUUCCUUCCCACUUGUCUUCAAUAGAUCCAUCCAUGGCUUCCCUCAUCGAAUCUGGUUGGCAGUACCUUGUGACACAUUUUAGCGACUUUCAACUGGCGUGCAUUGGGAGUUUUCUCCUCCAUGAAAGUGUCUUUUUCUUAUCUGGUCUCCCUUUCAUUUGUCUUGAAAGGGCAGGCUUUCUCAGCCAAUACAAAAUUCAGACAAAAAAUAACACACCUGCAGCCCAAGGAAAAUGUAUUACUCGCCUGCUGCUUUAUCAUUUCUGCGUAAACUUGCCCCUGAUGAUAGCCUCUUAUCCUGUCUUCAGAGCCAUGGGAAUGCAAAGCAGUUUUCCUCUACCGUCCUGGGAUUUUGUCUUUUAUUGGGGUCAUCGGAUCUUGCAUUCAAAAUGGCUGUACAAGAAUGUGCACAGUGUGCAUCAUGAAUAUGCCACACCAUUUGGUUUGACAUCAGAAUAUGCUCACCCUGCUGAGAUUCUAUUCCUGGGUUUUGCUACCAUAAUCGGUCCAGCUCUCACCGGUCCCCACCUGAUUACUCUCUGGUUAUGGAUGGUGUUGAGAGUGCUUGAGACUGUUGAGGCACAUUGCGGUUAUCAUUUCCCAUGGAGCCUCUCCAAUUUUCUUCCUCUGUAUGGAGGCUCUGACUUCCAUGACUACCAUCACCGACUGCUCUACACUAAGUCUGGCAACUACUCUUCAACAUUUGUGUAUAUGGACUGGAUCUUUGGUACUGACAAGGGAUACAGAAGACUGAAGACCCUUAAAGAAAAUGGUGACGUGAGACAAAAGUGAAAUGACCAGUAUGGAUUGCAGAGUACAUUUGUCUCCGGAGAGGUCUUAUUCUGCAACCUCUCCUUUUCCUUAACAUUUUGUUACCGGGUUGCUGCAACUGUCGUGUGUCUUAGUUUAUUAUGUGUGACUAGAAUUGCUACAAAUGUGGCAUAUUUGGGAAAAAAAAAAAAAAAGAACAUUUGGUACUUCAACUGAUUAUGUUGUUUAGGUUGGGCAAUUGAAUCAUUUGGUAUGUGUCAUCGAUUUGAAGUUCUCUCU